CUGAGAGAAAUUUCAAAGAACUUUUAGAAAGGGCAGUUUACGAGUAUAAUUACAGUUUUCAUUCGGUUACAAAGAAACGACCACUAGAAGUAUUCUUCGGCAGGAGAGAAAUAACAGACCCGGACCAAUACGAGACAACCAUACAAGACAAUAUUGAAAGACUUAAAAAUAAACAGGAAAUGGACCGAACAAAGCACAAUAAGAAAAAAAAGGACAUACUAAACUAUCAGCCAGGAGAAAAAAUAUUCGUAAAAAUAAAUACUAGAUUAGGUUCAAAGCUUUCCCAAAGAUAUAGGAAAGAAGUUGUUACGGAAAACAAGCACACUACAAUAACAACAGAAUCGGGAAAAACGGUACAUAAAAGCCAUAUCAAAAUCUAACAUUUUUCAGGAUAUUACUAUGGAUUACGAACGAUGUCAGUGGAACGAUGAACCUUACAAACUAUACGAACGCACAGAUACUGACAAUGAACAAGGGGAUCGGAAAGCUACAAACCUCAACAACUAAACUAAUACACCUUAUUAACCUCGACCAAAUCCAAACCGCUUUAGAUAUUUUACAUGAACAUACGGAAAAUAGCCUUAAACGCAGUCCAUUAUACGCUACCCUUCACCAUGAGAUAAACACAACUAUUCACACAUUCCGAACAAUCACAGACUUUUCCAAGACUCGAAAAACUAGGUCCUUAAAUUGGCUAGGGUCAGGAUGGAAGUACAUAGCGGGUAGUCCAGAUCAUGAUGACCUGGUUAUGAUAGAGCAGAACUUAGAUAAACUUAUUGACAAUAAUAACCAACAGGUCAUUAUUAACAAACAGUUAGAAGGAAGAAUAAAUAAACUAACUUCAGUAUCUAAUGCUCUCAGCAAUUCUAUUCAAAAAAGCAGUUCAGUAAGUAUCGAGACGGCCAUUCAAUGGGCACGAUUAAACGUAGUUAACACACUUGUAUUAAAUGAAGCUAGUUCAGGGACAGAAAGCGCUGUGUAGUUUUAGCAAUGCCGACCAUGUACCCAAAAUAGAAGAAGUCGACGAUGGAAUCAUCCUACUAAACGACUACGAUGGAAACGCAACAUGGAACAACACAGAACUUCACCUAGAGGGCACCUAUCUGGUUCAACUAUCAAAUGACUCGAUAAUUAUCGACAACCAGCAGUUCAGCAACUUGGAACCUACAGUCUCGACCCCCGGAGCACCUCUUGUGCAGUUUACGGCCGAAGAAAAAGAAAGACUUAAGGUUCUAUCUCUUGAAGCAUUGGAAGCAUUGCACAUAAACAACACUGAACAAUCUUCGACUGAGGCACAGUACCAGCUACCUCAGUUCAACGACAUUCCAUACUUUUAGAGACAGCUUGAGGACAAGCAUAAAUUGGAGGGGGAAGAGUUAACAACAAAAAUGUUUAAAUCCAGAACAAUGAACCCCAAUAAGCAAGCUUCAAUCUGCAAGCUCAGCGUCUGCAUAAUUUCCUGCACACGCCGAGCUGCCAAGUAGAGUUCGAAGAAUCUGAUUGGUAACAA